AUGGAGGAGACCCAGAGGCAAGAGGUAGUAUCUGAUGAAGAAGCCUUCCUUUUUGCCAUGGAACUAGCAGGUGCCUCUGCACUCCCCAUGGUCCUCAAGUCAGCUCUGGAUCUUGGUAUCAUAGAAACUAUAGCCAAGGCUGGUCCUAGUGCAUACCUUUCCCCUUCUCACAUAGCUGCAAAGGUCCAAACAAUAAAGAACCCGGAUGCACCUGCUAUGCUGGACCGCUUGUUGCGCCUCUUGGCUAGCUACAACAUCCUCACAUGCUCCCUCAUUCAACUUCCUCAUGGCAAGGCUGAAAGACACUAUGCUCUUCACCCAAAGGCCAAAUACCUUGUAAACAAUCAAGACGGUGUUUCCGUGGCUGCUUAUUUUCUCAUGGAACAGGACGUUGUCCUCAAAGACAUGUGGUACCACUUGACAGAUUCAAUCAAAGAGGGUGGCCUUCCGUUUAACAAUGCUUAUGGGAUGACUGCCUUUGAAUUCCACGGCACAAAUCCAAGAUUCAACAAGCUUUUCAACAAGGGAUUAUCUGAUUGCUCAAGCAUCACAAUGAAGAAAAUUCUUGAGACCUACAAUGGCUUUGAAGGAGUUGGAUCUGUGGUUGAUGUUGGCGGUGGGAGUGGAGCUAUUAUUAACAUGAUUGCCUCUAAGUAUCCCACCAUCAAGUGCGUUAAUUUUGACUUGCCCCAUGUGAUUAAAGAAGCUCCAUCUUAUCCAGGCGUGAAGCAUGUUAGCGGAGACAUGUUUGUGAGUGUUCCAAAAGGCGACGUGAUUUUCAUGAAGUGGGUAUGUCAUGACUGGAAUGAUGAGCAAUGUUUGAAAUUGUUGAAGAACUGUUAUGAUUCCCUUCCUAACACUGGGAAGGUGAUUUUGGCUGAAGGCAUUCUUCCAGAAAUCCCAGACUCAAAGUUGACUUCAAGGUGUGAGUUUCAAAUGGAUAUCAUAAUGUUGUGUCAUAGCUAUGGUGGCAGAGAAAGAACACAGAAAGAGUACGAGGCCUUGGCUAAUGAGGCUGGAUUCCAAGGUUUCUGCGUAGCGUGUCGUGCUCUCAACAUCUAUCUCAUGGAAUUUCUUAAGAACCCUUGAGUUCUCAUCU